AUGAGUUUACUAUUCAACAAUACUAAAAAACUUUUAUCAACCUCAUCAUUAUCACUGAAGAGUGGUGCAAUGAUGGCCUCUCUCAUGUCAGCAUCAUCAUCCUCUGUGUGUCAUCAUCAAAUGGUUAAGAAAAAUAUGAUUCGGAAGUCAUCUUUAAUUCUUCCUUCAACCAAUAAUAGACAUUUUAGUACAUCAUCUAGAGUUUUAACAAUUUCAAAGCAUGCUGAAAGUCUUCAUACUGAAGGAAAAUCACCAAUGGAAGUUUAUAAAGAUUUGGUAAAACAAGGAUCAGUCAAUGAGGAUGUCAGACAAAUUGAAUUGUUAAAAGUGUUAACAAAUCUCUAUGAAAAAUUGAAGAAUUAUAAUAUUAAUGAUGCAAGAGCAGUUAUUAAAAAUCAUUUGGGAACAACUUCAGCAACUGGUACUGCAAAAACUGGUUCUUUUGAUCCAAAAGCUAUUUCCAGGCAAAUUAAACCUCAUCCAACUGGUUUACCAAAAUCUCUCUAUAUUUAUGGAGAUGUUGGUUGUGGUAAAACAUUCUUGAUGGACAUGUUUUUCAAGUGUGUUCCAUUGCAAAAAAAGUUGAGAAUUCACUUUAACAGUUUCAUGAUUGAUUUUCACACUAAAAUGCAUCAAAUGAAUAGAAUUAAUAAGGAUGGAGGUGCAAAUAUGGAAAAAUUAAUGGAUGAAAUUGCUGAUAAUUAUAAUUUAUUAUGUUUUGAUGAAUUCCAAGUUACUGACAUUGGUGAUGCCAUGAUUUUAAAGAGACUUUUUGAAGGAUUAUUAAAUAGAGGAGUUGUAGUUGUCAAGACAUCUAACAGAAUUCCAGAUCACUUGUAUGAAAAUGGUAUUAACAGAGAAGCAUUUUUACCAUUUAUUGAUGUCAUUAAAAUUAAAUACGAUGUAUUUGAUAUGGAAGCAGUUUGUGAUUAUAGAUUAUCAAGUGGUACUAAGCAAACUAAUGUAUAUUUCACACCACUUAAUAAGGAAUCAGAACAACAAUUAGAAAGUUUAUUCCAAAAAUUAACUCAUCCAUAUGAUGCUGAACCAAAACCAAUUAUGGUUAUGAAUCGUCUGUUGAUGGUUCCAAGAGCUGCUAGAGGUGUUGCUUUCUGUACAUUUGACUUUUUGUGUAAACAACCAAAGAGUGCUGUGGAUUAUAUUGGUAUUUGUAGAGAAUUCCACACUCUUAUCAUUUCAGGUAUUCCAACAUUUAAUAAGGACAAUAGAGAUCACAUGAGAAGAUUUAUUACUCUUAUUGAUGAACUUUAUCAACAUCGUGUUAAGGUAAUUUGUUCAGCAGCUAGACCAGUUGAGGAGCUUUGUCAAUUCGAUAAUCAAGGAGAAGUUAAUUUAAACGUUGAACCUGCCUAUAAUUUCAAUAAGAGUCAAACUGAGAAUUUUGAUGAAGUUUUUGCCUUUACAAGAACAAUUUCAAGAUUAAUGGAAAUGAGAAACAAGGAAUAUUUGACUAGUCAUCACGUUUCCAUUGUUUCCGAUAGUUCCAAAGUACAUGAACAUGUUUAAUUCAACUAAUUCUUAAUCUAAUUCUCAAUUUUCUUCAUUCUAAUAAAAAUUGUAAGAGAAAUUCAAUUUAUUU